AUGGCGAUAUAUGAAGAUAACAAAGCAAUUAAAGUUUCAAUGCCUGUUCAAACCUUAGAAGAAAAAGAGGUAGAAAUACGUAGAUUGCAAAUUGGUGAAAUUAUGGAAAAAAUUCAUGACAAAUAUGAUACAGCUGAAAAGGAGGGGAAUGCAAGUGUUGUUACUGAAUUUAUUAAAAAUCUAGACAUGUCAUUAAACCAAAUUCUUAAUGUGCAGAA